CCCAAUUUGUAUUCUGGGUCUUCAUAUAAGGACACAGCAAGAGGCGAAGUUCCAUUCUGCCGUUUAUCCCCCGAGGUGUUAGUUACUUCGCUGUUGUGUUUGAGGAGAAAUAAGAACUGAAUUAUGGCCCGCGUCGCAGUUGCCCUUAUUUUGGCCGCCGUAGUCGCCUGUGUCUCAGCCAACGGAAUGGGACAAGGUCAGCCGCCUAAGUUCCAAUGCGUUGAAGAUGGCUUCUUUCCCGACUACUACCGCAACUGUAUGAUUUUCUACAGCUGCGAAAGCGGCGUCAAAACUACUUUCGCUUGUGAUCCUGACAAGCGCUUUGACAGUACCCUGAAUGCCUGCCUGCCCACCGCCGAAGUCUCCUGCCCUUACCCCUCGGCUUAGUAAUAAAUUUUCAACACCAGGGUCUCUGUGUCAUCAAGUGAUACUGAUAUGAAAGUAUAAAAGAUACGUUUUCUUGCCCCCCCCCCAAAAAAAAAAAAAGUAACGGGGAAAAAAGAAAUUUGGAUAAGAUUGGUUGUUAUUGUUUUCAGUCUUGUUAUAUUGUAAAGACUUUUCUCUGUAAUAAAAGAUUUGAUUUUCA